CCUGCCCCUGCAGGCCGCGGCGGGGGCUUGCCGGGCGUAACUUGCUUCAAUUACGCGCGGCCGAGAGGCCGGGCCCUUUCGGACAGGCUCGGCUGGUUGUGGUGAGGAGGCUCGUUCGGCUGGGAGCGGCGGGAGGGCGGCCGCGGGGCGGUCGCGGUAGUCCCGCACGGCGCUGCGGGCUGAGCCGGGCUGGGAGCCUGUGCCACUAAGAGGGAGCGAGGAGGCCGGGUCGUUCCGAGUUAAAGUGUCGCCGAGAAGCACUUAUCCUGUCUUGUUGGAAUCGUUUCUCUUUCCCGGAGAACACGAGGUAGUGACGGUGCCUUUGUACGCGGUCCGGUGUGUGAUACGGCUGCCAGCUGCCCCGCCGUGCGCCCUCUUUCUGUUCCAGAGACGUGCCGGGUCGGCACUUGAGAGCUGACAGCUCUGCCCUGACACCCUGCGAUGGAAGCUCAGGCCACGCACGGCGUCGGGGAGAAAGUUGAUUAAGGCUUGAAUAAUUCUGUCUGCAUCGCAGUUCUCCUUCACCAUCUUCAUCUUUGAAAUCAGUGGCUGACAGAGAAACAGCUGACAUAUCAGAAGAUCUCUGGAUUAAGGGUGUGCAGCAAUGGAACAACUGCGGGAUCCAGUUAUGCAAGAAGAUGCAAAUAUUAAAGCUAUUAAUGAAGAGUACACAAAAGCCUUUAUUUUUAUCAAUAAAGGACUACAUGCAGAUGAACUGGGUCAGAAGGAAGAGGCAAGAAGUUACUACAAGCAAGGUCUUGACCACUUGCUUCGAGGAGUUAGUAUUCCAUCACAGGAUCCUGCAUGUGUGGGACCCCAGUGGGAAUCUGCCAGGCAAAUGCAACAGAAGAUGAAGGAGACCCUCCAGAACGUGCGCACUCGACUUGAUAUUCUAGAGCAAAACACUCCACCUGUAGGAGCAAGCCCUGCUGCAAUGGAUGCCCAUGCUGGAGUGCCCAAAUUGUACCCACACAUUCCUUCUACAGAAAAGCCAGAAAGGCCCCCCCCACCUAAUGCUCUGUUUGUACCAAGUCAGCCACCUGCAGCAGGUGAAAGUGUUGCAGCUGCAAGCCAGGGGCAGCUUCCAUCUGUGAGCCCAUCAGCUGCAAAACCUCUGUGUCUGCCAAACGAAGCACCUCCUGCCUAUACUCCUCAAGCUACCGAUGGCCAUUUUACUGUGUCUUAUGGCACAGACUCAGGGGAGUUUUCUUCUGUCAGUGAGGACUACUACAGAAAGUGUACUCAGCCACCUCCCCUUCAAAACCUGGGAGUGGAUGCAGAUGAGCUGAUCUUGAUUCCUCAAGGAGUACAGAUAUUCUUUGUGACUCCUGAUGGGCAGGUCAGUGCUCCUUCGUAUCCUGGAUAUCUGCGCAUUGUGAAGUUCUUGGAUACAGACAGUGAGAUGGCCCAGAAUCGUCCACCUGCGUUUCUUCAGGUUUGUGACUGGUUGUAUCCUCUAAUGUGCAACCAAUCUCCUGUUCUGUGCUGCAAUACGGGAGUCUACAUGUUCCCUGACAUGAUGUCUCAGAUACCAGGAUCCUAUGUGGGAGUAGUGUUGUCUUCAGAACUUCCAGCAGCUGACAGAGAGCUUUUUGAGGAUCUGUUAAAGCAGAUGUCUGACCUUCGACUCCAGGUGCCAGGAUCCCAUGAGAGAGUAGGGUUACCAUCAGAGCUCCCAGCAACAGAGAGAGCGCAUUUUGAAGAUAAAUUAAAACAGAUGUCUGGCCACAAAGUCCAGCCUUCAGAAGUCUCCAGUGAUGUGAUUAAUUUGCCUCAGACUGUACAUAUCCAACCACAUCCUGAAGAAGGGGAAAAUCAGAAAGAAUUGCCAGAAUGGAGUGAGAAAGUUGCCCGUGGAAUCUUGUCAGGUGCAUCUUGGGUAAGCUGGGGCCUCGUAAAAGGAGCAGAAUUUACUGGGAAAGCUAUUCACAAAGGAGCUUCCAAACUGCGAGAACACAUUCAGCCAGAAGAAAAACCUCUGGAAGUCAACCCAACUGUAGCAAAGGGGCUUCAUGUAGCGAAACAGGCUACUGGAGGAGCUGUGAAAGUCAGCCAGUUCUUAGUUGAGGGAGUAUGUUCAAUAGCAAGCUGUGUUGGAAAGGAGCUGGCUCCUCAUGUGAAGAAGCAUGGCAGCAAAUUAGUUCCAGAAUCCCUUAAGAAAGACAAAGAUGGCAAAUCUGCUCUUGAUGGUGCCCUGGUGGUAGCAGCAAGUGGAGUACAAGGGUUUGCAACGGUGUGGCAAGGUUUAGAAAGUGCAGCUAAGUGCAUUGCUAAAAGUGUUUCAACUGAGACUGUAAAAACUGUGAAGCACAAGUAUGGAGAUGAUGCUGGCAGUGCUACUGACAACGCUAUGAGCUCUGCAAUCAAUGUUGGUGUUACAGCAUUUAACAUUGACCAUAUUGGUAUCAAAUCUAUUGUAAAGAAAACUGCAAAGGAAACUGGCCAUGCUGUAUUAGAUGAAUAUAAAGUACUGGAUAAGGAGAAAAAGGAUAAAAAAUGAAAACAAUGAAGUAUUUCUCAAAGCCUUAUAUGAAACUUCAUAUGUAGAAGUAACCACACUGCUAAUCUGUGAUUUAAUGCAAAUCAUACUGUGCUCUUCAAGCAACUGUUACUUAAUUUGCCAUGGGAAAAUACAGAGUGGGCAUUCUUAGAAGGAAAAAUGAAAGUAUCCUUAAUUCCUCAUUCUUUAUUGAUGCAGGAUGUGAGUUUUCAGUUAAUCGACUUGCCUCUGUAAGCACUUUCUCAAAACAUAAUAUGGAAUAAGAGAUUAAUACAGAAAUGUUAUUAUAAAUGUUUUUGUAAUACACUAUAUUUGUAAAGAAGGUGGUGAUACUGAACAAAUAGGAUUACUAAUUCUGAUAGAAAUAGGGUUACUAGUUCUUUUUUUUUUUUAAUAUUUUUAAGUUAAUUUCACUAAAGCAAACUUUGGUAUUUAGUAUGGACCUAAAUAAGUGUUGUGUCUCAUUCUUUCCUUUGUAGAGAAUUCCUCUUCUCAGCUACUAAGCAGCUAGUCUUAUCCAAAUUUCAUUUUUAGAAGAAAUGAAAGAUGAGCCUCAGGUAACUAGAUAGUCAUUUCUUUUAAAAAAUUUUUUUUCCCUCAGCAUAUGAGCAAACCAAAGAUUUUUAAAUAUUUAUUCUAAUAGCUCUAGCAUUUACAGAUCCAGAAAAAUGUAUUUUCCAGGAGAGUCCAUAAGGAAUAUUUAAAGAUUCUAUGAAAUUGAGAUUUUUAUAUAGUUACAAUGUCUGUUUUUGCAUAAAUGAGCAUAUUUUUCUUUAAAAACAUUCUACUGAGAUCACUGGAAACUUCUAUGCAGUCUGUACUUUUCACCAGUCCUGAAAGAUUCAGAGUACCUGAUGGAAGGCAUUAGGUAUUUUUUUCAGCAGGUAGUUCUAACUGUCAGCAUCUUUAUUCUACUGAAUUCCUGGUUGCACAAGGGACAUCUCCAAAGUGUGUAAUAAGCAUUUCUACUUAGGAGAUGUGUGUGGAAUAGAAUGGAUACUUUUAUGUAGCUUUUUCAUUUUGUUCCUCGUGUAACUUAUUCCUGUUUCAAAUGUAGAACUCUUGAGCUGCUUUUCCUACUGCUACUUAUUUAAAGGUUCAUUAUUGAGUUUUAAAGCUGCUAUACAUUCUAAUCUUGGCUGGACCUGCAGCAAACAGAAUGCCAUGAAUUUACAACUUGUCUCCAUUUUAAGUAAUCGGAAAAAAUAACAAUAAAUGGUUGUCAGCAAGUUAUCACAGUUAUAAAAAGAACAUCUAUUAGAAUUGUAAUAAGUGCACAUCUUGUGAUGGGUACUGUAGGUGUGCACUUGGGGUGAAAAAAUGUGAAACAAAGGAACUAACCACUUGAAGUGUAACUUUGAUUUAUGGAAAUAAAAAUAAAACUGGUCAAAUGGUGCUUGGCCUUAUGAUAUGAAGUUACUGUGAAGUGACUGGGGGGAAAAAAAAAAAGGACUUCUGAAGUAGUUAAAAAAAAAAAAA